AGCAGAGACCAACGGACGAACAGACCGGUGGACAGAGACAAGAGCUGGGAGGAAAGGGACGGGAGAGAAGCUGGGAGAGGCAGAAACCAGGGACUAGUGAUUUGCACGCACUCCCCAGCGCCCAGAGACAUCCGUCUGCAGCCUUGGGAGCUGCAGAGCUCAGCCUGAUGCAGGCAGCCUGGCUGCUUGGGGCCCUGAUGGUCCCUCAGCUCCUGGGCUUUAGCCAUGGGGCUCGAGGAGCGGACAGGGAGUGGGAGGGGGUCUGGGGAGGAGCCCAAGAGGAGGAGCGGGAAAGGGAAGCCCUGAUGCUGAAGCAUUUGCAGGAGGCCCUGGGACUGCCCGCUGGGAGGGGGGACGAAAACCCCGAGGGAACCCCUGAAGACAAAGAGACCUGGGGGACCGAGGAGUACGGUCAGGGGGAGGAAGAGGAGGAAACAACGCCGACGCCAACCUCUAGCCCUAGCCCCUCUCCCACCCCUGAGGACGCCGUCACUUAUAUCCUGGGCCGCCUGGCCGGCCUGGACGCAGGCCUGCACCAGCUGCACGUCCGUCUGCACGCGUUGGACACCCGCGUGGUCGAGUUGACUCGGGGGCUGCGGCAGCUGCGGGAGGCGGCAAGCGACACCCGCGACGCCGUGGAAGCCCUGCAGGAGACGCAGAGGCGCGCCGAGCGCGAGCAUGGCCGCUUAGAGGGCUGCUUGAAGGGGCUGCGCCUUGGCCACAAGUGCUUUCUGCUAUCGCGCGACUUCGAGGCGCAGGCGGCGGCGCAGGCGCGGUGCGUGGCACGGGGCGGGAGCCUGGCACAGCCCGCAGACCGCCAGCAGAUGGAGGCGCUCACUCGUUACUUGCGCGGGGCCCUCGCUCCCUACAACUGGCCCGUGUGGCUGGGCGUGCACGACCGGCGCUCCGAGGGACUAUAUCUCUUCGAGAACGGCCAGCGCGUGUCCUUCUUCGCUUGGCACCGCACGCCCCGUCCGGAGCCCGGAGCCGGUCCUAGCCCCGCGCCGCACCCGCUCAGCCCCAACCAGCCCAACGGCGGCACGCUCGAGAACUGCGUGGCGCAAGCCUCGGAUGACGGCUCCUGGUGGGACCACGACUGCGAACGCCGCCUCUACUACGUCUGCGAGUACCCCUUCUAGCGGGGCCUGUCCUCGCGUCUCCAGCCCAUCCCACCACUCGCCCUUUGGCUGGGCGGUUCAUCCUGCGAGUACGCCCUUCCCUCCUUUUCUCCCUACCCACGGAUGGAAGCGUGUUCCCCCUGGCUGGGCGAUCCCAAGGGGUCUUCUGUGGAGCCGAGAGCCCUUCCUCGCCUGUGUCUUUCUUGGGAGCGGCGGGCACCAGGCUGUUACACGCCAAUAAAGCCUUGUGGAAUCUGACUUGAGCGGGCGGUGGAGGCACUUUUGGUCUUAUCCCGUCGCCGGGCAAGCCUGGAAGGGCAAGACCCUGGCCUUUGGAUGCCUGUCCUGUUCCGCGUUUACAGGUAUCGUUUGAACCCCAGAAUCAGAGUGAUGGAGAACACAUGUACAAAUGUACGCACAUCAUCUGCUCCUGCACAUAGAUGCCUGGAGUGCACGUGUGUACGUGCUGCUGACGCGUCUACUCCUGUUGUGUCCCACUCACGGCCUUUGGGACACAGGGUCUGUCAGUCAUUGUCCAGGCCUUUGCCUUGGUCCUGGUCAAAGAGAUCUGGGAAAUACAAAGGAGCUAAAGGUUCUGACAAGUCCUGCAGGAAAUAGCCCCUUUAAUUUUGUUUAGUUGGUGUAUCUCACACUCUUGCCACCAGAUGGUUCCUCUGCAUCAUGUAAUGUCAGGCCCUGCCCCACUCCCUUCCCCUACCCCCAGGGGCAUGUGUUGAGAAGCAAGCUUAACCUGUACAGCCUGGAAACUUAGGCUCCCUCCCAGUGUUUCCUUCUCUACUCCCUGCCUGUGAGGCCAUAAGCCAGUCCCUCCUCUGUGAGCCUCAGUUUUCUCACCUGAACAUGGGAAUAAUCAUCCCACCUUGUAUUAGCUCUUGGAAAGUUCUGGGGAGCCCAGGAAAGUGAGCAUUUUGAAAAUGGUUGAAUGUGAGUCACAUGCUACCUUUCUUUACCUUUUUCAUACAUUCGUUCCCUGAGUCAGAAUACUCAGGAGUGGGCCAGCCUGGGCCUCAGCACAGAGGACAGCACUCUUUGAAGGAGGAGCUCUUCUUUUGGAAUUACCCAGCUCC